UCUGGGCAAGGUUCUUCCUUGCCGCCGCCAAAGCAGCACGCAGCUGGACGAAGUCAAAAGCGGACAGCUGGGACAUUUCUCCUAGUCAGUCAUUUUCCUCAGCGCAGGCAGAUGGAUACCUCAAGCGAGAAUAUGGAGUCUCAAAGGCAGACUUUGAAGCUGGUGACGCCGCUGACUUUGGGAAGAUACCACAUUUCUGAGGAGUACGGCUUUCUACUUCAGAAUCCCCUGAAAGAACUUCCCGAGCAGUACAGGUCUUGGAUGGAAAUCGCCAGUGAACUUCCUCAUUUAAUCGAGAGCCGCCAGCUCCGGGCCCACGUGUACAAGUAGAUGCCCCUCCUGGACUGCAGGUUCCUAAAGAGUCAUCGUGAGCAACGCCUCGCACACCUGGUACUGGCCGCUAUCACCAUGGGAUUUGUUUGGCAAGAAGGAGAGACCCAGCCCCCAAAGGUGCUGCCAAGAACUCUUGCCAUUCCUUUUGUUGAAGUCUCCAGGAAGUUGGGGCUCCCUCCCAUCCUGGUCCACUCUGACCUAGUGCUGACAAACUGGACCAAAAGGAACCCAGAAGGACCAUGGGAAAUCAGUAACCUGGAAACCAUCGUCUCUUUUCCGGGGGGAGAGAGCCUGCAGGCUUUCGUACUGGUGACCGUUUUGGUGGAGAAGGCAGCCGCGCCUGGCAUUAAGGCCCUGGUUCGGGGAGUGGAGGCUCUUCUGCAACACAACCAGGACACCCUGCUCCAGGCCCUGCAGCAGCUGAGACUCUCCAUCCAGGACAUGACCAAAGCCUUGGCCCAAAUGCACGAUUAUGUAGACCCAGACAUAUUUUACACGGUCAUCCGGAUCUUCCUCUCUGGGUGGAAGGACAACCCAGCCAUGUCUGAAGGGCUGGUCUAUGAGGGUGUGGCCACAGAGCCUUUGAGGUACUCGGGAGGAAGUGCAGCCCAGAGUUCUGUGCUUCAGGCCUUCGAUGAGUUCCUGGGCAUUCAGCAUUGCAAGGGAAGUGUAGACUUUCUGCACAGAAUGAGAGACUACAUGCCACCUUCCCAUAAGGCCUUCCUGGACGACCUGCAUUCAGCUCCUUCGCUGAGGGACUAUGUACUGACCUCAGCUCCUUCGCUGAGGGACUAUGUACUGACCUCUGGCGCUGGAUGCUGCCUGAUGGCCUACAACCAGUGUGUGGAGGCGCUGGCGCAGCUGCGCAGUUACCACAUCAAUGUGGUGGCACGUUACAUCAUCUCCGCUGCUUCCAGGGCCAGGAGCAAGAUGCCGAGCCAUCCCUCACCCCAUGCCUUGGAGGACAGGGGCACUGGGGGAACUGCAGUGCUGAGCUUCCUGAAGAGCGUCAGGGAGAAGACCGUGGAGGCCAUCCUGCACCCUAAUGCUUAACAGUUCACACACCGCAUCCUUGUGCUUAGCAGUUCACACCCCACACCCUUGUGCUUAACAGUUCACACCCUGCAUCCUUGUGCUUAACAGUUCACACCCUGCAUCCUUGUGCUUAACAGUUCACAUCCCGCACCCUUGUGCUUAGCAGUUCACACCCCGCACCCUUGUGCUUAGCAGUUCACACCCCGCACCCUUGUGCUUAGCAGUUCACACCCCGCACCCUUGUGCUUAUGCCUUGUGGGAGUCUGAGCCAGGACCAGAGCUCUGCCUGAACCCAAGCAUACUUUUGCUCCAAAGAACCCCAUGUUCUUUGUUCAUAAACUGCGGCUCCCACUUCCACCCCACCCUCAGCCACUUUGCUUGCUAGAAACCUUUCUGUCCUGCUUGAUCCCAUGCCUCACACCCGAGAGCGGAAGCCAUGUCUCCAUGGCUUCAGUGGGCAAGUCAGAGAUACCCAAGCUCAAGUUUAAAAGAAUCAAAUUGCCUUUGGGCUUCUCACCUCAUCUUUUCCUCCUUUCAAUCUCUUUCUCCCUUCCCUCUUUCUUCCCUCCUUCUCUCUUCCCCCCACUUUGUCCUUUUCUUGUCUUCCUGUGUUUACUCCUUUUUCCUCUUCUCCCCUCUGUCCCCAUCCCUCCUCCCCUUCUCUCCCUUUGUCUUUGACACAGGACCAAACUACUCCAGACCAGCUUCCAGUAGAUCCUGUGAUUCCCCUACCCCAACCUUCUGAGGUCAUACAUGUGUACUAACUGCCAUGAGCUCUCUCUUCAUUUCUUUUCUUUUGCCCUGCUGGAGAUUACACCUAAGGUUUCGUACACACUAGGCAAUUGUUCCACCACUGAGCUCCAGUCCCAGCUCUCUGUGUUUCUCAUUUUGAAGGAAAGUCUUACGAGUUUCUUGGGCUGGUAUUGAGCUUUUAAGCUCAUGCUGGACUUAGUGCUUGAGUAUCUGGAAUGAGCCAGUGAGCCGUGCUGCUGCUGAUAACAAUGAUGAUAAUGCUGGUUGCCUCCCCCUCUUCCUCUUUGUUUAUUUUUGGUUUUUAUUUUGAAACAGGUUCUUACCAUGUUUUAGCUCAGGUUGCCUUUGACUCAAGGCAAUCCUCCAAUCUCAGCCUCCCCUGCACUGGGACUCUAAGCAUGGCCUACCACAGCUGGCUAUAGAGUCUCUUAAUUCUCUAAGUCCCUGCUGCGCUGCUCUACAGAGCCUUGGUUAGGGGACCGUCCAUGAACAGGGACAACCUUCUCCUCCCUGCCCACGCUGAAUUCAACAUUGAGGGUUAGAUGCUCCGGUGGGGACAUGUGGGUGAGGGUGCUGGGCAUACAAACCUAAAUGUCACCAGCAUGGGACUCUCUGCAACUGAACUGGAACUGAUGCGUCUUCCCCACAUGGUGGAGUCAUCGCGAAUUCUAUUUUAAUUCUCUGCUCUAUUUUUAGGGCAGUGUUUUUCUUUUUCCUAGUGACACUGGAAUUUGUAUUUGAAAAAUGCUUUAAUUGACCCUUUGAAACGAAGUGAGCCAAAUAGGAAUAAAUAGAAAGUCCACAUGUUUUCGGAUAUAAAUAAAUGUAGCUGUUAUUUUUGAAGUUUCUAGCUCUAGGUCUUACUCUACCUGACAGCAGAAAACUCAGAUUUCACCUGUUUAAAGCCAGUCUCAUUAACUAGGCCUCCCCCACGUUUCAAAUGCAUAUGUGCACACACACACACACACACACCUGCACCAGACUUUCGUUCCAUCGUCCCAUCUAGGAAGGGAGCAUCAGUGAGGACCGUUUGAUCAUUGCCCAGCCUGGUCCAAAUGCCUGGCCCCUGUGUGGAUCCAGAUCAGGUGGACUUAGCCUCCCCGUUCAUCAUAUCUAAAAAGGCUUUCAGGCCCCAUGGUCCUGCUGUUCCAUAGCCCUGCCACCAUAAAAACACAUGAGAUUGGCUUAGGGUUUCUACCUUUCAGUACCUGGGGGAGAGAGAAGGCUAGCUCCAAAAGAGGGUGCAAGUCAGGUCCUACUCCAAGGCAUUGGGGCUCUUCCUGUCUCAUAUCCCCUGGGCUCCAUCCAGCAAAGAUUGGUUGGUACACCUGACCAUGAUAAGGGCUUCUCGGAGCCCCAGGGUCAUGCUCCUCUGUCACUGCUCUUGCUGCUCCUCUUCCUGUGUAGGGCUUAGCAGCACCCUCCUCUCUUGUUCUCUCCAGAGCCUCAGCCUGAGCUUAUAAUGACUCAAAAAAUCCUUCCUCUCCACUUGACAUCCUUGUCUCCUGGUGAAGUCUCUUUAGCAGCUCCACGCAAGGACCCAGGCGGACUUAUUUAUCUCAAAUGUUUCUCUGGGAUGAGCCAUGUGCAUUAUGGGUCCAGGAAGUAUCUAAGAGGGAGACUAGUUACCUCCAUGCCCCCACCCCUUGCUGUUCCCAAAGAGUGGAGGGCCUUCAAGCUAAGACCUAGCUUCCCAUUCCAUGGUUCUCAUUUUUGAAACAGUGUGGCUGGUUUUGAAUCAGUCCCAUAGAGAAACUGAUCCUUGGUUUCUUACUCAUUAUGAAAUGAAGAUAUCAAGUCUCAGGAUGGAUAGAAAAGAAGGGAUAGAGUCUGGGGCAAAGUGUGUUGGGAAGUGGGGGGCUCAGGUGCAUUUCUCAGGGGGUGUUGCCCCUGUUACGAGUGCAGGAGACGGGAAGACACUGGUUCCUCACAAGGUUGUGUCCACACAUGGUUGGAGUGAGUUCUGGUUAUUUUUAAGAAGAGUACCAAAGACGCAGACGAUUUUAACAUCCAGACAGCGAAACCAUUAAAGCCACAAAGCUAGGCAGCAGGAGGGUGCUUACAGCUCCGGUCUGCCUUGACUCUGAGCUAGCUCUGAGCUGUCUGUCCUUCAAGAGGGACACGGCCCUCUCAGCUGUCAAGGUGCAAAGUCAAGGCAGCAAGUUCCAAACUGAGUCUUCUCUGGCACAUUUGGAAACUGCCAUUCAGUGUUCCAAAUAAGUGUUAAAGGAAAGCCCCUCCGGGAAGAAAAAAAGGGGGAGGAGAAGAAAGAAAAGAACCAGUGCUAACGCCAGCUGUGCAUGGACACAACCUAAGGAACAGCGUCUUCCUGUCUCCUGUAUUGAUGACAGGAGCAGCAGCCUAAGAGGGUCUUGUGCACACAGUUCUGACCUUGGGGGCCUAGCCCUGUCUCCACGGAUGAGGGUUCACCCUCCAUCAGUGUCCUCAAAUCCCAGAGGAGGAAAGAAGGGAGAGAGGGAAGGCAGGGGAAAGGAAGACAGAAAAGAAGGGGGUUGGGAUUUCGAGAUUAUAUUUCAGAUCUGAUUGAAGUUUGGGAUCGGAGAAAACACUCUGUACCUGCCAGUCAGUCGUCGCUUCCAGAACGAGGAACCCUUCCGGAACGCAGUCCUGCUAUUCCCGUGGACAGAUGUUGUAUUUGCUCUGCUAAAGGAGGAGACGCUUGUCUUCCUUCGCUCAUUUAACAGUAAACUUAAUAAAGAAGUCGGAUUUUACUACUUUCUGAGACGCGAUCGCUAGUUAGUCGCUGCAAUUUAGCAUCUGCUGCCUGCGAACAUUAAAAACUGAUUUCUUGAGUGUACGCAUCAUCAAAAAAUAAAUGAGCUUUUUUUUGUGUGUGAA